GCGACGGGCUAUCAGAACACCACAUGAAUAAGUAUUCACCCAUUUGAACGCCACCUUAAAAGUGGGAAUAAAGAGGGGGACACGUCGAGACGGGGCUGCGGUCGGGAAAGGGAAUGAAGAAGCUCUCGGCAGGUGGAGGAGCGUCUCUCUGCUGUCUGCUGCUCCUGUGGGUCAUCCACUCCCAUCGCCUGAGAGAGGGCCAGUUGGCUGUGGGCACCUGUGAGAUUGUGAUGCUCAACAGAGACAGCAGCGUGCCCAGAUGCACCAUCGCCCGUCAGACUGCCCGCUGUGCCUGCAGGAGAGGCCAGAUCGCUGGCACCACGAAGGCCAGGCCAGCCUGCGUCGACGUGCGUAUCGUAAGGAGUAGACAGUGGUGUGAGAUGGCACCCUGCUUGGAGGGAGAGAUGUGUGGCCUCCUCUUCAACCGCUCUGGUUGGACCUGUACCAAAGGUAGUGGCCACAUCAAGACAGUCACGGACUUUGAACGGCCCUACACACUGCGGCCCAAGCUUCUGGCAGGGCACGUGGAGGGGCAGGUUUCGGGUCGAGAGCCAGACCCUGUCCCCUGGUACAAACACGGGGGCCUCACUGCGGUGGCGGUCAGCACUCCUUUUCUGCCGUCCACUAGCCUGUUGAAGGGAUUCCUGGACAGCCCUCCAGGUCUCUUUGGAGCGCUGCACCCAUUCCCCCACCGCAGGACCCUCGGUCUGGCUCGGAUGCCACGGUGCCAGGACCGGCUGGUACCCCAACACACACUGAAAGGGGGACACAUUAGUAGAUGA